UAUCAUCAGAAGUGUCACAUCCCGGCGGUGGAGAGCGGAGAAAACGGCAUUCUGGAGCCCUGGUUCUGCAGACGCUGUAUCUUUGUCCUGGCUGUCAGGAAAGGAGGCGCAUUGAAGAAAGGUCCUAUUGCAAAGACCCUGCAGGCGGUGAAGAUGUUCCUGACCUACUGUCCUGAGGAUCUGGACUGGGACUCUGCGCACAGAACCAACCAGCAGCAGUGUUACUGUUACUGUGGGGGCCCCGGAGAGUGGUACCUGAAGAUGAUCCAGUGUUACCGGUGUCGGCAGUGGUUCCACGAGGCUUGUAUCCAGUGCCUGAAUGAGGCCAUGUUGUUUGGAGACAGGUUUUUCAUAUUUUUUUGCUCGGUCUGCAACCAUGGGGUGGAGUUCAUCAAGCGGCUCCCGCUGCGAUGGGUGGACGUCGUUCACCUCGCGCUGUACAACCUGGGGGUCCUCAGUAAGAAGAAAUACUUUGAUUUUGAGGAGAUCCUGACUUUUGUCAGUGACAACUGGGAGCGCCUGCAGCUCGGGAAGCUGUCAGUCACCCCGGUGGAGGAGCGAGGGCAGCAUCUUCUGGAAUCUUUAAACAGCUACAAAAGCAGGUUUCUUUGUGGCAAAGAAAUAAAGAGAAAAAAAUGCAUCUUCCGCUUACGUAUCCGGGUCCCCCCGAGUCCCCCCAGUAAGCUCCUACCAGACAAGCUGCUGGGCCAGACGGAGAACAGGUCUGUGGGGGACGCCAAGAAGAAGGGACAGAGCAAGUACAAGAACAGCCUCCUGCCUCGCGAGCGCCAGAAGAGGAGCGCCAUCUGCAGGAAGCCGUCCCAGUUCCUCCUGGAGGACGCCAUUCCCAGUAGCGACUUCACUUCCGCCUGGAGCACCAAUCACCACCUGGCGAGCAUCUUUGAUUUUACGCUGGACGAGAUCCAGAGCCUGAAGAGUGCUAGUUCUGGACAGAAUUUCACUUCGGAUCUGGACUCCAAUGACACAGCCAGCACAUCCGGCUCUGCAUCUACCAGCCUGUCCUACGAGUCGCAGGGCCAUGUCGGAAGCAGGAAGAGAAAGUUGACUUCCAAGAUGUACUCCUCCUUUGAGUCAAAGAGGCAGGCAGUGAACCAUUCCGACCAACCGCACAGCUGCGCCAGCGAACUGAUAGGAUAUGCCAGGGCAUCCGAUUUCCAAGACAACGGCAUGGAUGGCCACACUUACGAAAGCAUCAGCGAGGAUGAUGUGUCACUGCCGCACCUUAAAACCUCCAUCAGCAAUUUCUUUGGCGCUGCAGGCAGGUUGGCAUGUGGAGAGAAGUACCAGGUUCUGGCGCGGAGAAUCACCCCAGAGGGCAAAGUCCAGUACCUGGUAGAGUGGGACGGAACAACUCCCUACUGAGAGAUUUAUAACCGAAGUAUAUAUUGUGUAUGUUAGUCUGAUAACCAAAGGUGAGGUGCGCAGGCGGCAGGCAGGGCUCCCCGCUGUGGAGCUGGCGACAGGGUCUGUUGCCGAAACGAGGGCGUUGUGUACGUAUCAGAGACUUGCUGCAAUUAUGACGAAAGCACUUAAUACAGGGUACUAUGCCGAAUUGCCUUCCUCAACAUUACGGACAAUAUUAACAGUUCUGGUUUUAUGCACCAUGAAUGGCGCGGUAAUAUGGCUGCCAGCCGCCACUUAUCGUACAGUUAUCAGUAGGACCAAAGACUUUAAAAGUCGCUAUUAAAGGGGUUGUCUCAUCAUG